AUGGGCACCUUCAUAAAACCAAGAAAACGCAGCGAGCCUCGUGGCAAGGCCCGGAGGCUCGCGACGGAGCCAUGUGAUGACAGGAGCCUCGCUUCUCAAAAAGUGCCCGAAUUACUACAGCAUUCGGUGAACUCGAAAACCGUCAUGGAGCUCGACACCGCCUUGGGCUCGUCAUACGCAACGUGUGGCCGUCUAGCCUACGACAUGGGGCUUUACCAGUCAUCUGUGGCCAAUUUCGCAAAGAGCCUGGAGAAAACGCCCAACGACGCCAGCGUUUUGGUCGAUUUUGCUCGAGCACUCGGUGCUCAGUUCAACGAAGAAAAAAUCGUCGUCUCCACGCUCAUCGAAGCUCUCCAGCGAACCCCGGACUUUUCUGAUGAUCGCAUUUGGGCGCAGCUCGCCAUGUCCUAUUUCGUUCUUCAAAAGCCAGAAGACGCUUUCCAAAGUGUGUCUCGAGCCAUCGCAGCGCAGGAAAUCCGCGGCGUCAAGGGCGCAGAUCUUUGGCUUCUUCAAACGCGCAUACUCUUGCUGUGGAUGGACUCAGAUGGGAAAAUGGGUCUCGAAACCCUUACUCCGUACUUUUUAGGAGCUGUGCAGGUUGCAAUCGACUCCGAAGACACGACAAAAGAGCUUCAGGCCAGAAUUUCUCUAGCACAGCUAUACCAUAGAUUUGCAUGCUAUACAGAAUCUCAAACAGAGGUGUCUCGCGCAUUUGUGCUCAUACGAAAUUGUCCGACGUUUGAUUUGCCCAAUCCAAUUGGGGUCACCGCGCUUUGUUACCUUUACAAUUUUAUGUGCAUUAUUCAGUUCAAGUUGAACCAAAAGACGAACGCUUACAGCAUUCUUCAUGAAGCGAUGAGCAUACUCCCGCAGGUUUCGGGCACCUCCCGCCUAUUGGCCACCUUGACUCAAUUCUACAUGAUUGAUGGGGAUCUUACAAGCCUCAAGGCACUUAUACCGGCAUUGAUAUUAGAGAAAAACUGCCUUGCCGCGAACGACCGCAUCAGAAAAUAUCUCUUCAACUGGUCUUUAGGCAGAAUUUUCGACAUGCUCGAUGACACGAAGCAGAGCUAUGAAUUCUAUCAGCUUGCAGUCAACUGCAAACCUCAAUCUGCAUCCUUAUGGAUUGGAAUAGGCUCGCUUUACUUGCGAAUGCGUCAGUUCGAGGACGCUCAUAUUGCAUUUUCACACGCUUUAAACUAUGCCUCCAAACUAGAAAACUUUGAGCAUCCAUUUCUCCUGCGAUUUAAUCGCUUAUUUGCUGCAUUCGCUUGGGUUGGGCUAUCCCAAGUGUUUGUCGCUACAUUCCGGAAGCAGAGCGCCUUAGACGCCCUUCGACGAGCGUCUGUAUUGUUCGCCUCUGAAGGUGAUCUUGUCCACGCCAGACAAAUCGACAAAAUAUUCAACGACGUUCUAGCGUCCAACAAUCAAAACCCCGCCUAUAUUAUUAUGAAUGUUCCGCCUCAAAUUUUGCUAGAACUUUUCCUCUAUUAUGAUUCCGGGGUUUUCUCUGCGGACUUGCGCCCUCCAGAGGUGUCAAAACUUCCAUCUUGUGAGCCUGCCUCACACAUGAUGCCCGCUAUGAUCCACUAUCCCCCAAUCGCUACAGCCUUGAGCUACUCGCCUUUACCAGUCGCCCCGACUCUUGUACCACCACAGGUUUUUCAAGAACUUAAUCAAAGGUGCAUGAACCCUUCGGGCACUUUUUUGGCAUGUCAACCUCCCAUCGGCCCUCAAAAAUUUGAAGUCCAAGUUCCAAUCGUCAAUAGCCCAUAUCGCACGGGGUCCUCAGUUGACAUCCUGGCGAACCAAAAUAUACCCCUUCACGGUAUUUCAAAAUCGUGA